UUUAAUUUUCCACAUUCCUCGGUUGUAUUAAAUCUCUUAGAUCGAAGAAUGAAGCUCAAGUUUUUUGUAAUUAUUUCGAUCUUUUUUAACAACUAUGAAUUAAAAUUUAGUUCGGCUUCUCCUACUCUCAUAAUCGAACAACAAGAAAUCUGUAAUGAUGCCGGCGGCGGCGGCGGCGGUGGUGGAAGCAACGCAGGGCAAGGUGAUACUAUUUCAUUGUUCCGUGAAUCAUACGCCAGACGAAUGAAAUCCUACAUGAACACUUCGGUUAAUCCUUGUGAUGACUUCUACGCAUACGCUUGUGGAAACUACCCGAAUGUCAUAGAACAGAUUGAACUAACUCGGAAGCAGAAUAGUUUGUAUGAUUUAACACAUUCAAUGGACAAAAUAAUUGAUAACAUUCUUCAGAAGAAACGUCAACCAAACGAAGAGUAUUACGAGGAGCUGCAAAAAGCCAAACGCUAUGUGGAAAUCUGUGACAGUGCUGACAUCUUUCCUUUGACUCCAAGUAAAGAGUAUCUUGAAAUAAUCAAAAGUAUUGGAGGCUUUCCUGCGGUGGAUAAGACUUGGAAUGCAUCGACAUUCGACUGGUUUAACAUGACCGCACAUCUUCUGCGAUAUGGCGUUGUUGGCCUGGUGCAGGAGGAGAUAUUUAUGAGAUACCCUUUCCCGCCGAUGUACGAGAUUGGUAAAUUUGGUUUUGGAUUUGAUGUCUAUUCAGAUAACAUUGGGACAAAUGACUCUUUGGGAUACGUGCACAAUGUUGAAAUGAUGAAAAGACUUCUCAACAUCUAUGGAGUUGUAGGCUCAAAAGCUGACAAGGUAAUCGAUGAAGUGAUUGAGUUUUGGAAAGAAGCCUUGAUCUUCCAAAACAAGGCCAAAGAUGGAUGCAGUGAGUUCGAGGAAGACGAAUCGGAAAAGAAAAAAUUCGAACAAUGGGACUCGUUAUUCGAUAUAGCUUGGAAUCGAACUGGUUCAUCAACAUUCGAAUAUAGUCCUUGUCCGUGUGAUUUCUAUUUUAUCGAACUCGAUGAAAUGUCGAAAAAAAAGGCCCAAGCUUUUGCUAAUUAUAUGGCUUUGAAAUUUCUCUUCAAAAUGCAUCCACAGAUAAAUUCGGCAAAGUACCAACACCAACAUUGUGUGACACAAGUGAGGCAAGCCUUACCAAUGGUUUUGACACAUUUCUAUAUCAAAGAGCACUUCAGCAAGGAGAUACAUCAAGAAGUUGAAGAAAUGAUUGUAGAACUUGUAAGAAGUUUCAUAGAUUUAAUUCAAUCUAAUGAUUGGUUGGACGAACCAACGCGGUUCGGAUUGCUAGACACGCUCAUGAAUCUCAAUGCCAGCAUUGGUCAAAUAGUUGACCCUAUUACCGAUGUCUAUGUCAUGGAAACCAAGAAACUCAACCUCACCAACAACUAUGCUCUAAACAAUCUUGAACUAUCUAAAUUUCAGGUGGACUUAAAUCACUUCGCUUAUUUAAACUAUGAAAAUAUCAACAGUACAGUGUCAUUGGAAGUCUUAAAAGCCAUUGCUGUAAAUGCCUUCUACGAUAACACCGAACACCAGAUAAAUGUCCUAGCAGGAAUACUUUUCCCCCCAAUUUAUCAUCGAGAUCUUCCAAAAUCCAUAAAGUAUGGUGGACUUGGCUUCAUCCUAGGUCAUGAGAUCGUCCACAGUCUCGAUCCGAGAGGACGUUCGGCUGAAAAACAUUUCAAGGAAAUCCAUUCAUGGUCAGUGAAGUCAAAAAAAUCCAUGAAACAUAACUCCCAAUGCUUUAUCGAGCAUCAUAGUAAUUUUACUGUUCCAGAAUUAAAUAUCAAACUCGAUGGUAAGGAAUCUUUGACAGAGACAGUUUGCGAUAGUGGUGGACUGAGAGGAGCAUUGAAUGCUUUUAGAAGUGUCACUAAGAUAGCAUUGAAAAAUCACGAGAAGGACUUCGAAAACACUGAGUCAAUGCCUGGAUUAAAUCUUUCUCCAGAUCAAACAUUCUUUGUUAAUUUCGCUCAAAUCUACUGCGCCAAAUACGAACCCAGGCAUUAUUGGAGUGAAUUGUAUGCUGGCUAUCCAAUGGAUAAAUAUCGUGUGACUUUGCCAUUGCAGAAUUUCGAUGAGUUCUCAAAGGUCUUCGGAUGUCCAUCGGACAGUCCAAUGAAUCCACAGAAGAAGUGUCGAAUGUGGUAGAAUAAAGUUCUUGUAUUAUUUAAA